AUGAGGCGGGAAGAGGAGGAAGAGAAGGGAACCAGGAUGAAGGCCAAAGGGGACUUAGAGAUGAAGGAGGAGGAAGAGAGCAGUGAGACGGGAGAACUGGUUGGCCCUUUGGCGAGCGCCAUGCCCACCCCGAUGUCCCACAACAAGGGGACUCGGUUUUCUGAGGCAUGGGAGUAUUUCCACCUGGCCCCCGCUCGUGCAGGGCACCACCCCAACCAGUAUGCCACCUGCCGCCUAUGUGGCAGGCAGGUGAGCCGCGGCCCUGGGGUCAACGUGGGCACCACGGCCCUGUGGAAGCAUCUGAAAAGCAUGCACAGAGAGGAGCUGGAGAAGAGUGGCCAUGGUCAGACGGGGCUGCGCCAGGACCCCAGGCCCCACGGGCCCCCACCGCCUGUGGGCAUUGAGGGUGACUGGGGCAGGCUCCUGGAGCAGGUGGGCGCCCUGGCUCUGUGGGCCAGCCAGCGGGAAAAGGAGGUGCUCAGGAGGGAGAGGGCUGUGGAAUGGAGGGAGAGGGCAGUGGAAAGGCGAGAGCAGGCCCUGGAGGAGGUGGAAAGGGCCAUCCUGGAGAUGAAGUGGAAGGCGAAGGCUGAGAAGGAGGCGUGUCGGCGGGAGGAGGACCUGCCUGCAGCCGCGCAUCCCUUCCAUUUCGUUUAA